AUGAUUGACGCCUUCGCCCACGGCAGCAGCAGACCAUCUAGUCAAGGGAUUGUCCCUUUUCCCGCGUUGCGUCCGCCGAGACGAGCGGCGCCGCGGCAGGAGGCAGUGCGCGUCGACCGCCGGGUCGAUCCCGGCCCGCCUGGCAAGAGCGCUAGUAGUAACAGUGUGCGGCCUGGCGUCGCGCUUGCUGCUUUCCCUCGUCUGCCUUGCGGCGUGGCGCUGCUGCGACCGCAGACGCCGACGCAGAGGCGAGACUGCGCUCAGCAUUUUCUUCCAAGAGGCCGCCAUCCCGAGCUGUCCGCAGGGGCCGGGCACGCACUUCGGCCAGACGUGCGAGUGCGCCUGGGAGUGCCUGCCCUGGCGCCCGUUGCAGCGGCGGCCGAGGUGGGCGCCGGCCUUAUUGUUAGAGCGCCGUUGGGCAACCGGGAACGAGUCGCCGCGCCCGUUGCACAACCCUCGGACACCAUCUGGGGCCGCUCACGUAACGAGCUCAUGGGAUGCUAG